CCCCUGGGGGUGAAGGGGUUAGUCUCUUCUUGAUCUUCACUGGCCAGUGUGGAGGUGUGGCCGGGAGGGGCCCAGGUUUGUCUAGACCAAUGUUAGCCUGGCCCAAGGGUGACCACUUCUGACCUCUCCUUUCCUCACCCUGGGCGGUGAGACACACCAGAUGAGGAACAUGAAAAGGGUGAAAAACACAAAUGUGUGUCUGUUUCCGCAGUGGAGGGGGUGUCGGCCCCUGCCCAGCUAUGCAGGAGGUGGGGUAGGACUUUUCCAGAGAGGGAGCCAGGCCUGGCCAUGGCCCCAGGAGCUCACGUCACCCCACCCCCCACCCCUCACUUCUCCAGGGAACUGCCAAAGCCAAACUCAGCUCAGGACAGGAUUAUGUGUACUGGGUAGACCCAUGGAGAGAGAAAGCAAUACAGACCUGGGGUAGCUGCGAGCAGAAGCAGAGAGGGAUUGGAGAGGGGCCUGGCAGCAAGAAGGGGCAGACAGUGACCAUCACCCCAACUCUCCUUCCCUUCAACCUCCCUCCAGUGAGAGGCAGGCAGGAGCUGAAGGCUUGGGUGGAACGUUGGCCCUUCUCUGGAGCCCCUACCCGAUCCCCCAUCAGGGCGGAGUUGCUGACCUCAGUGGCCAGCCCAGCCAAGGGAAGGAGCAGACAUCAGCAACCCCUUCCCAACCCCAAGGAGCUGAAGAGACCCUGCCUCGGGCUCAACCACUGCGACCCCUCCCUCAACUUCAAGUCCUGGGGUCUCAGGGAGGGGAGUGUGGGCUGGGAGUUGCUACCCCUAAGCACAUUCUUGCCCUUCCCACUGUCAUUUUCUGCCCCUGAGCUGGCCCACCUGGCAUUAGCUCCUUGGAUUCCUCUCCCGGGUGCCUUUCAGAUCCAACAGACAUUUUUUUUUUUCCUGGAAAGCAGAGCUCCGAGCAGCCUGAGGAGUGGGGGUGGAAAGGGCUCACUGUGAGCAGGAAGGGGCUGGGGGGCAAGGGGGAGCGGUGGAAGAGUCAGGCUUAGACCAGGGGACUAAGUUCUGCUUCCCAGAUGAUCAAGGCUAGACUUCAGGAUGGACUUCCCAGCUCUUCAGAAGAUAGACCAAUGCGGGACUGGGGAGCAACGACAUCUCUAGCUGCAUCUCCCCU